CUUCUCAGUUCUCGAGACUCCCGCGCUUCAUAUUCCCUCUUCCCGUUGGCCACUACACUAUUUUCUAUCACUAGGGUUUCUCCACUCCCUCUCUGUCUCUGUCUCUCUCUGUGUGUGUCUGGAGAUAUUUUGUAAUGAUAGUCCAUUCCACUGGUCUUCCUUUCCCAGCGACUCUCCAGAGAGAUACCCCAUCAGGUUAUAAUUAGGAUUUUGCUUUUUGUCAAAAAGGGUUUUGCUCAGACAAUGAGAUACGAAGCUGAAAGAAUGACUUCAUCGUGGUUAUUGCUGGGAAUAAAAGAGGAAAAAUAAAGGUUUGAUUAAUGUGACUGGUUAGUUUGGCGAGAUAAAAUGGGGAUGCUUGAUUUUGAUGAUUGUGAUUUUGCUUAUGAUGAGAUGCAUGCACAGUUGAAGAGAAAACGAUUUGAUCUCACAAGUCCGGAUCAUAAAACUUCUUUUUUUGGUGGUAUAGAGACAACUAUGAAAGACAAUGCAUCGAUGGAGUAUGACGAUGAUUACGAGUGCUUUUUGAAGGUUUUAUUAGAGGACAGUGAACCAGGACAUUCUGGGAGGGAAGGGGAAGAUGAUGAUUGUGAUGAUGAUGAUGGUGAUGAUGAUGAUGAUGAUGAUGAUAAAGACCCUCAAUAUAAGAUGUUUAUGGAGAGAGUAAAGGAACAUGGGAAGUCGUAUAUCCUUGAAGUCGCUGUACAGAAUGGGGUGGCUGUGUUUAUAAAGUAUGAAGCGGAAGAAGGGUCAGAUGACAUCUGUGGCCCACAGGCUCGGAAAACAUUGAGUAACAUUGUGAAGGAGAAGAUAGAAGCAGCUAAAAACUCAAAUACUGUCCACAAGAUGUAUCAAGUUGAAAGUCCAAGAAUCUUGAGGAGUUGUAUGAGAAAAGAAAAGAGGAAUGCAGUUUUUGAGAAGGAUUUAAGUUCCAAAUCUGAACCCCACCACAAGUCUGAUAUGGUAAGUUCAAUGGAGGACUCUUAUGAAUUGUUCCUGAGUAGUGUGAAGACCAAAGGUGACCAUCUAGUUCUUCAGUUUAAGAACUGUGAGCCGGUUACAUACGAAAAGGAUGAUGUCGAAAAUUCUUCUGAUUCGCGGAUUCUGAAGAUGGACAAUUCUCUAUUUUGCGAAGACGGAAACGAUACCCCCUUUGGAACUUCAAGAGGAUUUGAUGCAUCUAUGCUUGAAGAUGACUGCAAGUUCCUUGGGAACCACUGUAGAAAUGACCAUUCUCAGUUUAGAGACAAGCUCAUGGACAUUCUUAGAAAGCCCUAUGACAAGCAUGAGUUUGAUGAGCUUUGGCGAGAUUUAAGGGCUAGACUGCCGAUGGAACGCUCAAGGGUCUUACGUGGGAGGACAACAUCAUACUCAGCAGAUAAAUGCGGCAAAUCUUAUCUCGAUCACCACAGUGAUCUCAAAAAGAGAUUAAGGCAUUCCAACAUGAUCGCUCUAAAUUGUUGAACAUCUUUCGAGGAUUUUUCUAUUGGUUGACG